UCCUGGGUUUAUAGAGAUUUAACAUAUAUGGGAAAGAUCACUGUCAUUAAAUCACUUGCUCUACCUAUUCUAAUUCAAUCAUUGACAGUUUUGCCAAACCCGCCGGAUGAUAAAAUAAAAGAAAUCCAAAAUAUUUUUUUUAGUUUCUUGUGGUCAGGAAAACCAGACAAGAUUAAAAGAAAAGUUAUGAUAGGAUUAUUUGAAAAUGGGGGGUUGAAAAUGCCAGAUAUAAGAUCCUUUUGUUAUUCAUUAAAGAUGACAUGGAUAAAUAAACUUUUAGACCCCUUGAGUAUAUCCCCAUGGAAAACAUUGUUAAUAGAUCAAUACAACAGAUUAGGAGCAGACAAAAUAUGGUUGAUGACCCCUGAUGGUAUCCAAGAGAUUUCUUCAAAUUUUAAUAAUUUCUGGAAAGAUAUUUUACUAAACUGGAAUAUCCUAAACACUGUCACUAAUGACACUGCUGAAGGGAUCAUGAAACAAUCUAUAUUGCUAAACAAAAGUUUGAAAAUUAAUAAUAAAACUAUCUUUUACCAGAGGUGGGUUGAAUCAGGAGUUUUCUUUAUAGGUGAUUUACUUGAUAAAAACAGCAAUUUUUUUACUUUAAAGGAAUUCUGCGAAAAAUAUAAUCUUAAUAUUAAUUUCUUGGAAUACCACUCUUUGCUGCAUAUGAUACCAAAAGACUGGAAAAAUUUAAUCACUACUUCAGAGAAAUUUACGCACAUAUCUAACGAUAAAUUUGAAUUUAUAACAAACAAUAAAAAGUCAUGUCAGUUCUUUUAUAGAAAAUUCUUGUCAAUGUAUACAGAACGUCCUACAAAACAAGAAGACAAAAUGUGUGAGGAACUAGGCACUCAUAUAGAAAAUUGGGAUUUCAUCUAUAGUUUACCCUUUUGUUGCACUAAAAACAACAAAUUUAGUAUGUUCCAGUUUAAGAUUUUACAUAGAACUCUCGCUACAAAUGCAUUAUUGCAGAAAUAUGGGUUAAAAGAAACUAAUUUAUGUAGUUUCUGUAAUGAAACUAAAGAAACUAUAAUUCACCUAUUCUUGGAAUGUAACCUAGUUAGAAAUUUGUGGUUAGAAAUUGCAGCACUUUUUCAAGUUGAAAAUAAUUUAACUUUAAUUCUUAAUGUGGAAAACAUUGUUCUUGGGUCAGAGUCUUGGGAUAUUUCCCUAAACUUAUUCACUAUUCUGGUUAAAUAUUACAUUUAUACAUGUCGCUUUAAUACUUCAUUACUGACUCUUACGGGUGUCAUAGCUAUGAUUAAAAAUUCCUACCAAAUAGAAAAAAUAUCUACCUCCUUUUACAGAUCCCAUAUAAGAGCAAGAGAGAAAUUUGAUUGUAAAUGGGAAUUAAUUAAAAACAUAGUUCACAUGUGA